AUGCGGCUUCCAUCACCAAAGAUCGAAGACCAAGAAUUCGAAAAGUUCAUGGCACCGGAACCACCCACUCAACCAGCACCUCCUACGCCGGUAUGGCAGAGGAUCGACGAGAAGCCACUUGUGCAGAAAGUCAAGAUAGUUGAGGCUGCUUGCGAUGCAGGAAUUGCAGCUCUGAGGGACAUUAUGCAGAUUAUGGCUCAGCAUGAGCAUUCUAAAACAGCUGUGAAAUUUGAGCUUUCGUCACUAAAAAAAGUCAUGGGGCAGAAAAAGGAGCAUCCGAUCUAUGUCGGUUUUCUCGGUGCAAGUGGGGAUGGCAAGUCCUCGCUCAUAAAUGCACUUCUAUCCGAAGAGAGUCUUUUACCAGUCAGUCAUGAAUUGGCUUCAACGGCUGUCAUUGUUGAGAUUUCUCAUAAUGACAGACCUGACUAUCGCUACGUUGCAGAGGUGCUGCCCAUUGAGGAGAGUGAGGUAAGAAGGGAGCUUGAGAGGAUCUUUGAGGAUAAGAAACUUUGGGAUGUUCAAGAAGAGGAAGAAGACGGUGAACUGGAUCCAGAGCUCAAACAACGAAUGGAGAACACAUUUGAAAAGUACAGAUGUGUGCUCAAGCAACCGGUAUCGUUGGAUGCACUCAAGAAUCUGUCUGUGGACGAGCUCUUGCAAGAUUCUAACGCCAGGAAGAUGUUGGGACAAAGAAGAAUCAUUGAGAAGAACAAUCUCAAAGAGUUUUCGAGGGGCAUCAAGCCUUUCAUUGAUACGAGUAAGGAAAUGGGUGAUGGAUUUUCAUAUUCUCGCUGGCCGCUUGUGAAAAUUGUCAAGCUUUAUAUCAAGGCAGAUAUUCUCAAGACUGGCAUCGUACUUGUCGACUUGCCAGGAAGCCACGACACGAGUGCGACAGAUGCAUCUCUUGACAUGAAAUCGUACGUCGAUGACCAUCCGGAACUGGAUAAGGCCAUUUUUGAGGAUCUUAAAGCCAGCGAGAUCAAUGACCAAAACGUUGCCCAACUCAUCAGUGAGUUGACUGUCAAAGAUUCGACCAUUAGAAAGCUGGAGAAAAUCCUGGAGCAAGUCGAGAAUAAGUUAACAGACUUGAAGGAUAAAUUCGAUCAAAUCACUAGCAGGGCUGAUUCUCAGCGUCAGAAUAAAAAGCGCAAGCGGGAAGCGAAACCAUCAGCCGGUCCUACGGCGUCUCCAGAAGACCAGCAACUGGUCUCGUCAAUCACCAAGGACUACGAAACUGCGCGAAAGCAACUAGGUGAUGAGAAGUCCCCAAGACCUUUGCCUGUUCAUUGUGUCUCAGCUCUCGCAUUCAUGAACUUGGUCAGAGGGAAAGAAGUCGAAGUAAUGAGGAGUGGUUUUAAAACUAAAGGCGACACAGGAAUUCCGGGUCUGCGAGAUGCAUUGAUCUCAACCACGUGGGAAACUCGCCUCAAAAGCAGCAUUGCACCUAACACGGGACUUUACAGUGCUUUUGCUCGGCUACAAAAGUGGUUAGAAGAUACAACGACAUCUUUCAAAAUGACGGCUGAGGAGAGAGUAAUGCUAGACCAAAGAGCAUCUCUGGUCUUCAGUAGUAUUGAUGAGAGUUUUUCUAGGCUUCACAUCACGACCGGCAAUACGGCUGAAGAACUGGUUGACAAGCAUCUUUUUAGUUCCUUCCCAAAGAUCUCGACCAAAGCAGCGACCAAACUUCGAAAAAUAGUGACGAAAACCACAUGGGUUUCCCGUCCAAUAGUCUGGAGUACACACCGGGCCCUCAAUAAGAACGAGGGAGUAUGGAAGCAUUCUCGCGCUGGCCUGCUCGACUGGAAUGAGCAAUUGAACGGCGAGUUUGUUGAUAUGAUCAAGAAAGAAUGGUCACAGAUUAUUCACGUAAGCAUGCCUACUGUGGUUCUGGAAUAUGUCAAAGAGGCCGAAAAGCGUCUCACCGAUUUUGCAGACAACCUUAUGUCUGCAGCAUUAGAUAUCUUGCCUUCUCUACGUGAAGCAUUUGAGUAUCUGCGCGAUAGCAUUCUUCGGAAUGUACGUCGACUCCAAGUCAGAGCUGAUUCUAUCUUUGCGGAUUUUGACGCGGCGGCAAAAGAUGCAUGGAGAUUGGUAAAACCAACCUGUGUAGACGCUUGGAUGCCCAUUUAUCACAUAUGUGGCGCUGAACAGGGCCGAGGACACUAUGCAUGCAAAAAAGCUACGCACAAAACUCAUGUGGAAGGUCUCGGAGGUAGACUUAUGUACAGAGAGUGUGGUAGAAAAUUGGACGCUACAAUUCGACGGAUGUGUGCAGAUAUCCACAACCAAUUCGAAGAAAAGUACACUGAGAUCAUGGAGGGAUUCAUGACUGAAAUGACUGCCACUCUUGACCAACAUAUUAUGUGUGGCGACCGCAGAAGCAAUAGGCAAAAAACCUCAUUGACGAAAGUCAAAUUGCAGGGAAUACUGCCAAUGAAGAUCGAAGCUCUUUACAAAGAGUGGCAGAUCGAUCUUAGCAAUGAGCCCAAGGAAGAAAAAAAGAAGCCAGAACCAGGCAUCUUCGACAGUACCAAGAUAGAAGAAGAGGAAGAAGAGGCUAUUCCUGACGUCGAUGAUCUUUUGAAGGAUCGUAAUUUCGAGGAAUCAGAGGCUGAGAAUGAUUCGGACAGCGAUGCUUGA